UUACUACUCCUAUAUCGUUUUCUUUUUCCCUCUUUUUUUUUUUUUUGUCACUAAUGCGUGCCUCUUUCUCUCCCUCUUGCUCGAUUUUACUGCCCCUCCCUAAGUUCGCGUACACGUAUCUACAUAUGUCAUAUCUGACAAUGAGUACGAUACUCCAAGGGUGUUGGUCUUGAGUGGGUUUGGUAUCGUUCAUUAGCUCGCAAUCAACAGUAGCUAUAUUCAAAUGCGAUUGACUAUUGCGGUGUUACAACUGUCGAUGUGUAGAUUUGUAAUAACGUUGCAAUUUCAUACAUUGUAGUAUGAUAGGACGGGUACAUACAAUGUAGCGUUCGACGUUUAUCUUCAACCCUGUUCUAUUUGGAGUUGAAUUACCGUAGUCUCGACCGUGGGCCGAGUGAAAUGAGGACGUUUACGUACCUGCAAUUAAACCUAAUCUCUUAUUUUGCAGAUAAAUUGAAGGACGAGUUUUUAACUUUAUCAUAAUCUCACAAACCAAAUGAAACUAAUAUAAGUGCGCGCUACGUGCUCUGCCAUAUUUUGUUCAUUAAUACGAUAUGUCGCGCACGUUGUCCAAAGUCACUUCUACGAAACCUAAUACCUAGAAUUGUUGAUCUCCAUUUUACCACGUAUUAAUUGCGCGUCAAACAGCGAUAACAGAUGCAGUACUCAUGGAAUUGUUAUGGUUUCACAUACUCCCACACCUAGCCUUGAUCAUUCAAAUCAUCACAUAUCAAAUGACCGAUUACGGAAUUUUGAUUCUUCGAGUUCGGCAUCUCCUUGUAGCUCCUGUAACGUUGCCCAUAAUUCUAUUGCCUCGGGUUAUCCCUAAUUGAAACCAUCUGAAACAUGUCUUCUCCCCUAUCAGAAAUGUUACAUAUUCAUAGAUCUGCAUCGCCCUAAAAUUUCUGUCACUCAUGCAAACGGAUCGUAACACGAUUACGUUAUCCCUAAGCCACGAUACGAUAUAUUCGAGGAUCUGUUCUGUUGAUCGGUCGGCGUGGAUACCUGACCAUAACGGAGGGUGGAAAUGUAAAACAUAAAAGCGUUCGUCUUCUAUCCUCCCCCGUUUGCGUCGCCGUUCAUAUCGAACAAACAACAUGAGAAUGAAACAUUUCCUCCAGUUUUCUUACACCACAGCACAUACGGUCAUGGAGCUGUUUGUCCCUCCUACGAAUUAAUUUCAAAGGAUAUAUAAUAAAGUUCUGAUUCGUCCGCGGAUUAUCGUGUUGCUUCCGUAGUUCGCGGAUAACUUGAAAAAUGCCGAAGGAAAUAAAACCCACAGUGAUCGUUAGAGAGGCUAUUCAAUUACCCGCGAACCCUCAAUUCCCGCCCGGAGUUUACACCAGACAUCCACCUACCAAAUGUGAUCAACUGCUCGACGGCAGGCCCAUACAUCUGCGAAAAAAUCGUGCUUUCGACGGCAAGGAAGAUCAGAAAUUGCAUAGGAUGGGUCGUCGGAACGGAGCUGACGGUACCCAGGGGGAGUAUUUGAUACCGUCGAAAGAGCCGUCGGUAUAUCCGAAGAUCAUAAGUCGUAAGGAGUACGACUAUUUCCGAGAGAAGAGUCAUAUAGUUACAAAGGAAGAACGGAGGGCGAUGAUCGACGCCGCGGAAAAAGAAAAGGAUCGAUUGCUCAAAGAGAGCAUGGCGCGAAAAGAGGAAAUUCGUCGAAUGGACAUGAGGAAGGGACCGAAGGGCCAGAAACUGAACGAUGUUGAAGCAGACGCUAGAAAAAGAACCAUGCACCUUCUCGAGAGAGCUUUUAAUCUGAAAUUGGAGCAAGAAGAAGAAAUACAAAAAUGCAACAGGCUUAUUUUAGAGACAAAAUGUCGGGCGAUUCGAGACGCUCAGAUAUCCGAGAAGAAAUUGAUCGAGAAAGAGAUAGCGGAAGAAGAAGAACGUCUCAAUCAAAUGGCGGAGAACGAACGACGUUUGGGGAUUCAGGAAGAGGAGAAAAAAGAACAAGAGGAAAAAAGGAGACGAAUGAAAACGGCGCAGGCAUUGAAAGAGCAAAUCGAAGAAGCGGAGUCCCAGAGAAUCAUGGAGUUUGAGAGGAAACAGGAGGAGAGUCGGUUGAUUAAUCUUAGUAAUAUCGCCUGGCAGCAAGAAGAAAUGUUACACCAACAGAUGAAGGAGGCUGAGAACGCUAGGAUAAGAAGGGAUUUGGCCGAGGGCAACGAGCAGCUGAGGCAUUUCAAGGAUAUGGAGAGAGAGGAGAAUAGGAUCAUCGAUCUGAGGAUACAGGAAUCGAAACGACAAUUGGAGGAAAGAGCAGCCCAGAUCGCCGAAGAAAAUCGAUUGAUAAAUAAGCGAAAAGAGCGCGAAAGGCAAAGGGUUGCCGAGCAGUCGGAAUUAGCGCAACAUGUCCAGGCCACGAUCGAUGAGCUAAAUGCAGCGCGGAUCCAGGAAGAAGUCGAACGUGAAUGGCGUCGGAAGGAAAAGGAAGAGGUAAUAAGGCGAAUGGAAGAGCAGCGUCGAAUGAAGGAAUCGAGAGACGAGCAGAUCAACAACAAACGGAUAAUGCAGGCGAUGGAAAUCGAAAGAGAUAAGCGCGAUUUUCAGCGGGUUUUGAUCGUGCAGAAGGAAGCGUUGUGUCGUGAAAAGAAAGAACGGGAGCGACGACACCACGAAGCGAUGCUUCAUCGCAGUGCAAUUUUGAAACAGGUGAACGAGAAGGAAAGGGAAAGGAUUCUGGCCCGGCAGAAGAUGUUUGAAGAAGGUCUCGCGAUUAGGACGCAGAAUGAAAUGCGGGUCCAGAAGCUACGAGACGCGAUGCAUCGUAAGUGCAACGAAAUGCGAGAAAAUAAUGUGCCGGAGUAUUACGUCAAUGAAGUUAAGCGAAUGAUCGAAACUAUCAAGUAGCUUGCAAGUUAUCCAUCUAUUUUGGUAAUCUCAGAAAGAAUUUUCAAAUAAAUUUUAACUACAU